AUGCCUAAGAUGGUCAGCCAAGUAAGCUCUGAGAUUGAUAAGAAAUAUGGAGGACUACCGCUUGAAAUUUGGACUAUGGUCGCAGACAUAAUUCCAGAGACUAGCAAACGUACAUUAUACAUCGUAACCAAGUUUGUCGAACCUUCAGUCGUAUAUUUUCCCCAUGUCUAUACCGAAGGUCUGCUUUGGUUAUUAAUGGCAAAGUCAAAGACGAGACUCCUGUAGCCUCGUCUCUAACAAAUGUGAGACCUACAAAUUUUAGCUUUAAAAUAUCCUUCAAAUACCUCCAAUUUAGAGGGAUACCUUCAUGCUAUGGGAGGACUUCGAUCUCUACACUUAUAUGGUUCUUUAACAAGGGACGAGGAUCGGGUAAAGACUUUUCUCUCGAAAAUGAAGGCAUCCUCCAGUCUAAAAAGAAAACUCUAAGAAAUGACAGAAGUCUACAUAACGAUGUCAAAGGAUGGACUCAUCAACAUGUGGAGUGAAGAUGUAUGGGGAAAGAUUCUGUUUCACUAUUUCAAAUUGGUCUGGCUGCGUCAUGCACCAAGACUUAUCUAAUAUCUAUUGCUUGAACCAGAAUUAGCACAAAGUGAUGAUUAUCCAAACACUGAAUCGUUCGCUUCGUUAUAUGCCAGAAAUCCAAAAC